GCCGGGCUGGGGGGUUGGGACCUCCGGCUGCAGGUCCGCCUGGGCUAGACUGCGAGCGCCGGCGGAGGGUGUGCGGUCGCCGGCUCGACUUCGCUAAUCCCCUCUGAGCCCCGACCCUCCUGGCCGCCCCCACCUCACCUGGCCGCCAUGCGCCUCCACUACCUAGCGCCGUUCCAGGUCGUGGCGCUGCUCUUUGCCGCGGCCCGCCUCGCCUCUGCCUCCGAUGUAUUGGAACUCACCGACGACAACUUCGAGAGUCGCGUCGCCGACACUGGCUCAGCGGGCCUCAUGCUUGUCGAGUUCUUCGCCCCUUGGUGUGGACACUGCAAAAGACUUGCCCCUGAAUAUGAAGCUGCAGCUACUAGAUUAAAAGGAAUAGUCCCAUUAGCAAAAGUUGAUUGUACUGCCAACACAAACACCUGUAAUAAGUAUGGAGUCAGUGGAUAUCCAACUCUGAAGAUAUUUAGAGAUGGUGAAGAAGCAGGUGCUUAUGAUGGGCCUAGGACUGCUGAUGGAAUUGUCAGCCACCUGAAGAAGCAAGCAGGGCCUGCUUCAGUUCCUCUCAGAAGUGAAGAAGAAUUUGAAAAGUUCAUUAGUGAUAAAGAUGCCGCUGUAGUGGGUUUUUUCAAGGACUUAUUCAGUGAAGCUCACUCUGAAUUCCUAAAAGCAGCCAGCAACUUGAGGGAUAACUUCCGAUUUGCACACACCAAUGUUGAGUCUCUGGUGAACAAAUAUGAUGAUGAUGGAGAGGGAAUCACUUUGUUUCGUCCUUCACAUUUGAUUAACAAGUUUGAGGACAAGACUGUGGGAUAUACAGAACAGAAAAUGACUAGUGGCAAGAUAAAAAAGUUUAUUCAAGAAAACAUUUUUGGGAUCUGUCCUCACAUGACAGAAGAUAAUAAAGAUUUGAUGCAAGGCAAGGACUUACUUGUGGCUUACUAUGAUGUAGACUAUGAAAAGAAUACCAAAGGUUCCAACUAUUGGAGAAACAGAGUAAUGAUGGUGGCAAAGAAAUUUUUGGAUGCCGGACACAAACUCAACUUUGCUAUAGCUAGCCGCAAAACCUUUAGCCAUGAACUUUCUGAUUUUGGCUUGGAAAGCACUGCUGGAGAGAUUCCUGUUGUUGCCAUCAGAACUGCUAAAGGAGAGAAGUUUGUCAUGCAGGAGGAGUUCUCGCGUGAUGGCAAGGCUCUUGAGAGAUUCCUGCAGGAUUACUUUGAUGGCAUACUGAAGAGAUACUUGAAAUCUGAGCCUAUCCCAGAGAGCAAUGAUGGACCUGUGAAGGUAGUGGUAGCAGAAAAUUUUGAUGAAAUAGUGAACAAUGAAAAUAAAGAUGUGCUGAUUGAAUUUUAUGCCCCUUGGUGUGGACAUUGUAAAAAUCUGGAACCUAAGUAUAAAGAACUUGGAGAGAAGCUUAGCAAAGAUCCAAAUAUUGUCAUAGCCAAGAUGGAUGCUACAGCCAAUGACGUGCCUUCUCCAUAUGAAGUCAGAGGUUUCCCUACCAUCUACUUUUCUCCAGCCAACAAGAAGCUAAAUCCAAAGAAAUAUGAAGGUGGCCGUGAAUUAAAUGAUUUUAUUAGCUACCUACAGCGAGAGGCUACAAAUCCCCCUGUAAUUCAAGAAGAAAAACCUAAGAAAAAGAAGAAGGCACAGGAAGACCUCUAAAGCAGCAGCAGCCAAACAUUCUACUUUGUAAAAGGACUCUUCCACCAGAGAUGGGAACACCGUUGGGGAGGACUGGGACCCACAUAAGAUUAUUCUGAGAGGACAGAAUGACUAUAAUCUGAAUCCUGUUAAAUUUUCUCUAAGCUUUUUCUUAGCUGCACUGUUUAUGGAAACACCAGGACCAGUUUAUGUUUGUGGUUUUGGGGGAAAUUAUUUGUGUUGGGGGAAAUAUGGGAGUGGGAGGGGCUGAGUGGGGGGUUAUUUUCUAAUUUUUUUUUGUACAUUUGGAACAGUAACAAUAAAUGAGCCCCCUUUAAACUGUC